AUGCCCGCCCUCCUGCACGUGACGCUGUACUCGUUCUGUCUGGGCGUCUCGCUCAUCCAUCUCAUCUUCGCGGCCUGGUCGGCCGAGAAGGGCCGGCAAGACUGGUCGCGCAUGAUGUCCGGUGGAAAGCAGUACUCGCUCGUAUUGAUCGAAGACGGCCCGGCGUACGAGAAAGCAUACCGUUUCGCCAUCUUCCGCGCCGUCGUUGCGGCUGUCUCGGCGGCAUACUUCUGCUCGCACCUCAUCGUCCGGCGCAUCUGGAAGGAGACAUGGUUCAUCUGGUGCUCCGUCGACUUUGUCAUCAUCGCCAUCAUCGCGGGGCUGUCAGUGGCGUCCCAGCUGACAGGGAUGUACUUCGCCUCAGCCCCCGCCGUGCUCGACGUCAUCGCGUUCUUCCUCCUCGCCAUCUUCUACGUGAUUCUGUUGAUCAGUAUCCUAAUCGUGUUUGGGCGCGGUGCGCGCCGAGAAGGAGUCAGGAUAGCCUUGUCCUCCUCGGUCGACAGGCUGAAGCAUGUCCGACGACACGGCGCGCCGGAUCCGCCCGUCCACGCCGUUGCGGGACAGCACAUGGCGCCCAUCACGCCCGAGAUCCGCGUUACACAGGUGUAG